AAAAGAAAAGGAGGAUUAAGUGGCAAAAGAAGCGGGUUAAUUAAACGCCGUUUUGGGAUCCUAUAAAAUAGUCUCUUUUUCGUCUAGUGGCUCUUCUCUGCUUACAUUUGCUCUGCCGCUUUCCUAUCUUCUCCUUCUUCUUCUUCCUCUCUCUCAGCCCUUUCUGAAAAAAUUUUCUGGGAAUAUUAUCCUACUAAAGAAACCCCACGCUCGAGCCUGUUUUCCCAUACAAGAAAAAAGCAUCUUCCUCUUUUUAUUUCUCGGUUAACAAACAGGGUUUGUGAUUCCAUUGGCAUACGCAAAAAGCUCUGUCUUUUUUUUCCCCUCUCUCGGGUUUUUCUUUUCUUUCUUCAUUUUUUCAGCUUUCCGGGAAAAUCUUCGCUUUCUCACGUCUCUCCUCCUUCACUGCGAGUAUACCCACUGAGACGGUGAAAUUUAUCUCUCACAGCUUUCCGUACCUCGCGCUCUCUGCUUCUCGUUGCUUUGCAUGAAAUUUCUCGUCCUUUAAUAAAACUUUUGCAGAGCAUCAGCCAUCUCUCUGUCUCUCCCCCUUCUCGUUCAAGUUUCUUCUUUUCAUUUCUUUCUUUAUUCUUUGUCUCCCUCCUUUUCCCCUUUCUGAAAUCUCCCUUUUUUGCUUUCAAUGCUUCUCCCAACUCUCUGAUAUAUAUAUUUAGGAAACAGAGCCAUACAUACACAGUCACAGUCACAGUCAGAGAUCCUGUUUGGAUAGCGAGAAAAUGGAAACGGAGAAGAAAAUUGUUCUCCCGAGAAUCAAAUUCACAGAGCACAAAAUCAACAGCACCAGAACCUUACCCACAACCUUGGAUUUCAACCAACCCAGAAUCAUACGCAUCUCCGUCACCGACCCAGACGCUACGGAUUCCUCCAGCGAUGAAGACGACAAAGAACAUGAAAUCCCCAGACGGCGUCGUGUCAAGAGGUUCGUCAACGAGGUCGUGCUCGAACCAUUCUCCAUGAAGGCCCUCCGAGGUUUUGAAGGGACGAGGAAGAGACGGAAGACGACGGCAAGAGACUCCGGAAAAGCCGCAGCUCCGGCGACGGCUGAGAAGAAGUUCCGCGGGGUGAGGCAACGGCCGUGGGGAAAAUGGGCGGCGGAGAUUAGAGAUCCACUGAGACGUGUACGGCUCUGGUUAGGCACCUACGACACUGCGGAGGAAGCCGCCAUGGUUUACGACAACGCCGCAAUCCAGCUCCGUGGCCCCGACGCGCUCACCAACUUUGCCACUCCUCCGCCGCGCGCGGAGGCGGAGACGGAGACGGAGAAGCCUCCACCGGAAAAUACCGAGGACGCCUUCGCCGUUACUAGCAGCAGCUUCGGUCUCUGCUCACCGGUGUCUGUUCUCCGGUCGCCGUUCGCCGUCGAUGAUUCCUCAGGGACGAUGUCAGCGGCGGGGGGGCCGGAGGCGGAGGCCGAGCCAGAGACAGGGCCGUCGACCACCGUGUCGGAGACGUUCUCCGACUUUUCGGCGACGUUCCCAAACGACGACAUUUUCGAUUUCCGGAGUUCGGUGCCCGACAUUUUCGGCGGUGAUAUCUUCAGCGAUGAUCUUUUCUCAAAUACGGGUACGGGUUUGGAUCUCGGGUUCGUAUUCGGGUCGAGAUUCUCCAGCUGGCACGUGGAGGACCAUUUUCAAGACAUUGGGGAUUUAUUCGGGUCGGAUCCUCUCCUCGCGGUUUAAAUCGAAAUACCAUUUAAUUAACCGACCGUUAACCGGAGGCGGAUUUUUGUACCGGUGGUAGCUUUGAAAAUAUCGGCGAUGUUUAUGGUUUUAGUUUUGUUAUAUAACUUAAAUUAAGUUAAAUUAAUGUAGUUAAUGGCGAUAUAUUAAAUAUAAUUAAGUCCGUCCGGCACG